GAAGAACCCAAAAGGCUGCAGCAUACCUUAGAACAAGUUAGUGAUGACAAAUAUUUACUUGAAAGCCAUCAGAUUGCUAUGGAUGUGGAGAAUAAUAUCGAAAAAUAUCCUAUCAACUUGCAGCCCCUGGAAUCAAAAGUGAAAAUUAUUCAGCGAGCAUGGCGCAAAUAUCUGCAGUAUCAGGAUUUGCUGCACCAGGACCACCUGGAGAAGCGCAGUCCAUCACCACCUUCCUUGUCAUCUGACAAAAUGAGCAGUUCGAUCAGCAUGAAUGCUUUUUCCGAUGGCAGCACUCCUGAUUACCGCGAGGAUGGGAUGGAUUUAGGAAGCGACGCGUGCAGCAGCCGCUCCAGCUCCGAGUCCAGCUCCAGCAAAGUCACCCCUUGCUCGGAGUGCAAAUCCUCCCCCUCCCCCAGCAGCCUGGACUUGGCGGCCCUGGAGGACUCGGAGGAGGAGGAGGAGGAUUACCUGGGGUACGGCAGGAAGGGCACUGCCGCGUGGGAGGAGGACGGGCUCUGCACCGCCGGCUGCGAUGCCAAGGCUGCCAGGCGAAGGAGUUUGGCGGAGGAGCUGGAGGAUGUGAGAAGCACCAGCGCCUCCAACACCAUGCCGCCCCCCGCCCCCAACGGCAACCCCCCGCCCCAGGACCUCCGGCAGAACGGCAACGUGGCGCCCCCCAGCCGCAGGACGGGACACCGCGGGGCAGGAGGGUGCAAAGCCCAUGCCCAGGAAGCCCAGCCGGCUGUGGGGAGGCUCCGCGGUGGAGGGAGGGUCGCCCCCGGGCACCCCUUGGACAGCUCCACGGGGGGCAUUUGGCUGCAAGAGCAGGAGCCUCAGCUCCCGACUAUGGACUGGGCGGCUCUGGAGAAACACCUGGCAGGGUUACAGUUUCAGGAACAGGAGGUACGAAACCAGAGCCAGAAAACAAACUACACCUCAGCUCAGAAAAAUGAGAGAGAAUCUAUCAGGCAGAAAUUGGCACUUGGAAGUUUCUUUGAUGAUGGCCCAGGAAUUUAUACCAGCUGUAGCAGAAGUGGCAAGCCAAGCCUUUCUUCUCGGCUACAAAGUGGGAUGAACCUGCAGAUUUGUUUUGUAAAUGACAGUGGUAGUGACAAGGAUAGCGAUGCCGAUGACAGCAAGACUGAAACAAGCUUGGAUACGCCUUUGUCUCCAAUGAGCAAGCAAAGUUCCUCCUACUCUGAUAGAGACACUACUGAAGAAGAAUCUGAAUCCCUAGAUGACAUGGAUUUUCUCACUAGACAAAAGAAACUGCAAGCUGAAGCCAAAAUGGCUUUGGCUAUGGCAAAACCAAUGGCCAAAAUGCAAGUGGAGGUGGAAAAGCAGAACAGGAAAAAAUCCCCUGUAGCUGAUCUUCUGCCACAUAUGCCUCAUAUAAGUGAAUGCUUGAUGAAAAGAAGUUUAAAACCCACUGACCUGAGAGAUAUGACUAUUGGGCAGCUACAAGUGAUAGUCAAUGAUCUCCACUCACAAAUAGAAAGCUUGAAUGAGGAAUUGGUGCAGCUGCUUCUUAUUCGAGAUGAAUUGCACACAGAGCAAGACGCAAUGCUGGUAGACAUUGAAGACUUGACCAGACAUGCUGAAAGUCAGCAGAAGCACAUGGCAGAGAAAAUGCCAGCAAAAUAAAGCAAGAAGCCAUCGGAAUAAGCAAGCAUUUAUUUUGCUUCUAUGGUUGUACAAAUGUGGAUGCUUAAGGUGGCGCACAAGAAAAGGAGUGUUAGUCAUUGAUAAUGUCUGAAGCUUUAUGUCCAGUGAUUGGCCUCUGCUCCUUAAUUUAUUUUAAUUUUUUACUUGUGUCACUAAAUAUCAGGCAUUUUAGUAAUAUUAUUACAAAGAUGUACAGUACUUAUAACAUUGCAAACCAUGGAUAAGAAGAAAAGGUAGUUUACCUUUAUUUUUGUUUGUUUAGAGAUUUUAAGUUGAACAGUAUUUUACCAUUGACUACUUUUUAUUCUUCACUGUAGUUUUAAACAAAGAAACUGUAAUUGACGGUGCUAUACAAGUGAGAAAAAAACAAAACAAAACAAAAAAAAUGCCUGCCUUGUAGUGAAAUUGUAGCGUUCAGUAAUAUGUAUAUUUUAAUCAGUUUUCAACAUUUUGUGAAUGUUGACUACUUGACAUUCAUUUUUAGAUGUGCUAUUAACAUUCAGUUGGAUUCAGAGAGUUACCUUGAAAGUUUUAUGUAUAAAUAUAUAAAAUAAAAUUUUAAAAUUUUGUUUCAUAUGAUGUCUUUUUGUUGACUAGUGGUUGACUUAGGUGUUGCACCAGUAAUAUAUUCAUCCUACUAAAUGUGCAAUUCCUAAUUUCUCAUCACCAGAAAGAGCCUUUUUUGCAUAUUGCAUUUUACAAAAAAAAGAGAGAGAGAGAGAAAGGAGACAGGACCAGAUUUUUGUAGAUCUAUUUAUUUGUAAGUUCAUAAAGUACAUGUGAUAUGGACUUAGGAUAUUCUUAUAUAUAGUAUUCACUGGGCAUCCUAAUAUCAUGACUGUUGUUAGAAUCAGCAGGCACAUGCAUAGAUGUUUUUAUAUUUUAAUGUCUGUGGCUAAAUAUUCAAAUAACUCACCAACUGUCAAAAAUAUAAAUGUGUCAAAAUCUUAACCCACUAAAUGUAUCAUGUAUGGUAAUUAACCACUUCACUACCUUUUGGCUGAGAUCACAGUGUCUUCAUCAGUUUAAUAUCUGCUACAUCUGUCUGGGCAACAGGGACUGACUAGAUAAACAAAAUUCUCUUCAGUCUUUGAUUUCUUUGAUUUCAUGCUGACAUACCAGGUCAAUCUGUCUGUACCUAGUACUAGAUAGCUGUAGCCAGCAGCUGAAAUAUACAUUAUGCAAAACAGGUUAUCUUUUACAUUUUGCUUUAUUUUUUCUCUGAGGUGUGACAAAUUUAUCUUGAGCAAGGUUAUGGCUAACAAAUUAUUCAGGAUGCUUUAACAGAGCCAUAUGGUACAUUAAAAUUUCACCUCACAUGAAGAAUGUAUUUUAUAAAAUUAUUUAUUUACAUAUGUUUUGUCUCAGCAAUUAUGCAGUCCAUAAAUGAGGCACGAAAAUGCUGCGGAGUUUGGUAGGUUUUUUUUUUUAACAGAGCCCUACUAUGUUGUAAGAAACUUCUCUUUGUGGCAUAGGUGUAGUCUUCACGUGGCAGAUGGCAUUUGCUUUAGUAGAGGGGUAGAUGGAUCACACUUUCUAGCACUGAUGUACAUUCUGCAUUUUAUUAUUAGAAAAUAUUUGCUGCUCUGAAGCUUUUCAAGAGGGAAGUGUUCACAGUUUUUCCUUUAAGUCUGGCAGGAAGAAUGUCAUUGCUCUGAAUUUGCCACUACAGUUUUGUACUAAGUUCAAGUUAGCACAGGGGUUCUCAAACUAAUCUGCGGAUCCCUUCGGAAGGCAUGUCAUGCUAGUGAAGCAUUUGUCAGUCUCCAGUUGGCGAUGUUCCCUGCCGUCUGUAGUCCAGUCCAGGACUUUAUUUUUAAACUGAAUAAAUGAAGCACACCUGGCUGCAUCAGGAUGCUCUCUGGCUGGUGUUGCUCUGGGUUCAAAUAUAGAGAUGACACCUAAAGUGGAGAGAGAGCAAACACACAGACGGAUAUGACCAAAG